GCAAGGUUAUACGUCUUUUAAAAUUUCCAAUUUUGUAAGCGAACGUCAACGUUGGCCUUUCUCCUGCACCCACCUUGCAAGCAUUUAAAAGCUAUAACUAACAACUCCACCGCAAAAAAUACAUAAUAAAAAAAAUCUGGAUCGAUAGCGCCAAAAAGAAAAAACUGGAGAAAAUUCAUAAAGAGCGAUAUGAUCCAGAUGGUUUGGUCUCAAGAAAUAGCUUCAAGAGCUUACCUAGACACUGUUAAAGCACUGGUAAUGUCAAAAUUUCAAAGAGCCAGGCAUGUCGGAGUUCCUAUCAGCCAUGGCUGCCGGCUGGAACUCGAAGCUUAUAGUGGAAUCGUGGUCGUACGGGAGUCCCAUAGCAACCAGCGUAGGCCUCGCCGUAGCGGCGCGUCACACGUGCGGAAGACACGUAUGCGUAGUCCCGGAUGAACGGUCAAGAUUGGGCUACAUCAAGGCCAUGGAGGAAGCCGGGACGGUGUCAUCGACGGCGGUGAUCGUCGGAGAAGCGGAGGAAGUGAUGGAGGGGCUCCACGAUGUGGAUUUCCUGGUCCUGGACUUAAAGCGAAAGGAUUUUGAUAGGGUUUUAAGGUGUGCUAAAUUGAAUCAUGACGGUGCGGUAUUGGCAUGCAAGAAUGCAUGCCAUAGGGGCAUUUCUGGGUUUAGAUGGCAUGGGGUGCUUGAAAAAUGGACACGUGUCGUGAGAUCCUUGUUCUUACCGGUAGGGCAGGGAUUACAUGUUGCUCAUGCAGGAGCUAAUAGUGGGAGUGUGAGGACCAAGAAGUGUCCUAGCCGUUGGAUUAAGUACAUCGAUCAUCGAUCAGGAGAGGAGCAUGUUUUUCGAGGAUAAACCGAAAGAUGCGGCGGCAAUCUUAUGUAAAUAUUAUAUCAGACGAAGUGAGUUUUCUUCUCAAUAGGUCUAAUUCCGUAUGCAAUCCUUGUGUCUUCAAAAUUUAGAAAUUUAGUCCUUUUACUUUUUAAAUUUUAAAAUUAAAAUCCAAUUGAUAGCAUUGUUAACUCACUUGUGUUAAAUUUGGAUAUAUGUUAUCUAUUGAGUUUUAAUUUUUAAAUGAAACUUUAAAUAUUUAAAUAUUA